AUGUUGGCUUUUGCACACGGCAACAUGCUGCGAUCAAUCCCGAUAUCCAUGCGCACGAACACGCUUGCACGAUGUGUGCAAAUAAACACAGGUAUCCACUCACUUGUACUGCCUUUUCGUCAUGGAUAUGCUAGCCAAGCUGGCGGUGACAAGCUGACGGACGAGCAGAAGAGAGCAAAGGCACAGGAAGAUUUGCUCAAGUUACUCCGCGAGGAGAAAAAAUCCACUGAAGCGAAGCGUCAAGAGGCGUCCUUGGGACUUGCCGGUGUAGCACUUGCUCAAGGCGGCUCGCGCGGCGAAUUCAGCGAGCGCGUUGAUAAAUUGACUGGCGUAGGCAAACCGUGGAAGAAUCUCGACGGUGCCGAGAAAGUUGCACGAGCUACUGUAGGCACGUCUCGCUUCUUUUUGAUCGGGUUUGGCGCUUUGUUGACUCUUGCGAUUGGCUACACAGUCACAUCUGAGCUUUUUGCGCGGAACAGCCCUACAGUAAUUUACGAAGAGGCAUGCAAACUGCUUUUGCGUAACAAGAAGAUCCACGAAUAUCUGCUUGAGCCCUACAUUUUCCAGACGAACGUUGCACAGUACAUCGGCGAUUAUUCGCCAUUGAAUCCACCUUCGCACCCUAGCCGUCCUUCGCAAACAGUUCAUUCCUCUCGCACUUUCGACCCUCGCACCGGCGACGACACCUUGUACCUUCACUUUUACAUUGAAAGUCGCGACAAGGACACUCCGUUGAGCUACUGGCAAACGUUUCGCUUGGGUGUGAUUGCCGGAACACAUUGGGCGAAGGACCGCGUGCUGGAUGGAUACGAUACUGUUAAGAUUUGGUGGGACGACCUUGACAAAGAGCCAGCGGAGCUACCCGCAAAACCUUUUAAACCAGAGAAGCCUACACAGCCCUGGUGGAUUACAAAAAAGCUUCGGGGUGCUGUGCAUAGCGUCGGGGAACUGGUAGGGAGCUCCAAGGACGCAUUGGGCAUGGCCUCAGUCGAUUUCUCUACUGGAUUGCGCACAGUGCCAGGCACAUUUACGGAAGGAGAGGUGCAUAUUGAGUUGCUCAAAGACGGAAAAGGAGUUUACCAGUACAAACGCUUUUAUGUUGAUGUGCCUAACUCGAGCUCACCGCUGCGCCGCAGGGUAUACCUGGACUCGACGCACGACGAACUACCAAUUAGGAAUUGA